AUGCACGCUAUUCGGCUGAACCGGAUUGCUUGGCCAACGCAAAUCCGUGGGCUGCAUAUUAGUUCAUGUUGGCAGGCGAACGUUCCUAUGAGCAAGUUUGACAAAGAAGCAUAUUUACCAUACGAGAAGCUGGCACACAACUUGAAGAUCAUCAGAGAUCGUUUGAAGCGACCGUUGACCCUUUCCGAAAAGAUCCUCUACAGCCAUUUGGAUCAACCAGCAGCUGAAAGUAUUGAACGCGGGGUGUCCUAUUUGCGGCUACGUCCGGAUCGUGUAGCUAUGCAAGACGCCACAGCUCAGAUGGCUGUGCUUCAAUUCAUCUCGUCAGGAUUGCCCAAGACUGCCGUGCCGACCACGAUUCACUGUGACCAUUUGAUUCAAGCACAGAAAGGAAGUACUGAUGAUUUGGCUAGAGCAAAGAACCUCCACAAUGAAGUAUUCGAUUUUCUUUCAUCAGCAGGCAGCAAGUACGGCAUGGGGUUUUGGAAACCCGGGUCCGGGAUUAUUCAUCAAAUAUUUCUGGAGAACUACGCCUUCCCUGGGCUUUUGCUUGUCGGAACCGAUUCACAUACUCCGAAUGGAGGCGGCCUGGCUGGUCUCUGUAUUGGAGUAGGUGGAGCGGAUGCGGUAGACGUGAUGGCUAAUAUACCAUGGGAGCUGAAAUGCCCUAAAGUGAUAGGGAUCCGACUAAGCGGCGAACUAUCUGGAUGGACUUCGGCCAAGGACAUCAUUCUUAAGGUCUGCGAAAUUCUGACUGUGAAAGGAGGUACUGGAUCCAUUAUUGAGUACUUCGGUCCUGGAGUUGAGUCAAUUUCUGCCACUGGAAUGGGGACUAUCUGUAACAUGGGAGCUGAAAUUGGAGCAACCACAUCAUUGGUUCAAAACCCAAAAAUCGUAUUGAACGUGAUGCCCUUUUUGUUGCAGGCAACUGAUCGCGAGUCAAUCGCCAACGAAGCCGAGAAAUACAGGGAUAUUCUCGUUGCAGACGAAGAAGCUCACUACGACAGAAUCAUCGACCUCGAUUUGGACACUCUUACUCCUCAUGUCACUGGCCCCUAUACUCCUGAUCUUGCUUCUUCAAUUGACAAGCUUGGCGAGAACGCGAAAGAAAACGGAUGGCCACUUGACAUCAGGGUCUGCCUGAUCGGAUCAUGCACGAAUUCCUCAUAUGAAGACAUGACGAGGGCCGCGUCCAUCGCUAAACAGGUAAGGGCUGAAACCAAUUCUAUAAUGUGCUACCUGCUCUUUAUCUUGAUUUUGAGUCUUCUUUGGCCAGCCAAGUUGUCUAGCGAAGUUUAUUUUUGGUGGUCUGGUUUGACAUUGGUUAAUCUAACCAGCUAUUCGGAUGCACAAAACCAUCAGUGGCAUGAGGAAACGACGCAAAUCGUCGUAGCAAUGGCCAUUACUGGAAGGCUCGAUUUCAACCCUCUAAAAGACGAGUUGACUGCAUCUGACGGGUCGAAGUUUAUGCUUCAACCUCCAAAAGGAGACUUUCUCCCUGAGAAAGGAUUCGAUCCAGGUGUGGACACUUACCAAGCACCUACAGGAUCCGGAGAGGUUGCCGUCGAUCCUAAAUCGGAACGUUUGCAAAUUCUUGAACCAUUCGACAAAUGGGAUGGAAAAGAUCUGGAGGACAUGCUCAUUCUCAUCAAAGAAAAGAUCUGGAGGACAUGCUCAUUCUCAUCAAAGUCAAAGGGAAGUGCACGACUGAUCACAUCUCUGCUGCUGGACCGUGGUUGA